AAGGUUUUAUCGGUUGUCAAAGCCGUCAGAGAUUUUUCGAGGGUUGGGCCUCAGUUGCUGCAUUGAACCGUGCUGCUCAACACUUUGACAUAUGACUCCAGGAUCCAUUGAACCAGUAAGGCUGGCACUCUACAUUUGGAUCAGGAGGGUUUGCAUGAGAAUGGCUAAGAGAGAGAUGGUACGGCCACUCUUGGGGAAGGACAAUGACAUCCAUCAUUACAACGUGCAGACAAUUACGGUUGGAAUUUUGGGGACUGGCGAUUUUGCUCGUUCAUUGGCAUCUCGCCUCAUCUGUUCUGGUUAUGGCGUGAUUGUCGGAAGCCGAUAUCCUAAACGCAAUGGAGGUUUGUUUCCCAGUACCGUUGAAGUUACUAGUCAACGUCAAGCCAUAGACAGGGUGAAUGUCAUCUUUGUGGCAGUGCACCAUGAACAUUACAGUACGCUGAGCGAACUAAGAGAUUGUCUGACGGGCAAGAUUGUGGUCGAUGUCAGCAACAACGUGGAAGUAAACGCGAGUGACGAAUCAAAUGCAGAACGACUUGCUUCCUUGUUCCCAGGAUCUACGGUUGUAAAAGGGUUUAAUGUGAUCUCAGCCUGGGCCUUACAAUCUGGCGCUAGAGAUGGAAAUAAACAGGUGCUGAUCUGCAGUGACAACCAAGAAGCUCGGUGUGUAGUGAGUGAAAUCACACGAAAUAUGGGAUUCAUUCCUGUGGACAUGGGAUCAUUAUCAUCUGCAAGAGAAAUUGAGAACCUCCCAUUACAUCUUUUUCCUUCAUGGAAAAUACCUGCUCUCCUGACUGUCGUCCUAUUUGUACUUUUCUAUGCUUAUAAUUUUAUUGGAAGUGUUAUUCACCCCUAUGUAAUAAAAGGGCAGAAUAAAUUUUAUAAGAUCCCAAUUGAUGUUGUUAAUGCCACUCUACCAUGUGUUUCAUUUGAGAUGCUGUCCCUUGUUUACCUGCCUGGUGUUCUUGCAGCCGCCUUUCAACUACGUAAUGGUACAAAGUACAAACGCUUUCCAUGCUGGUUAGAUCAGUGGCUUCAGCAAAGGAAGCAACUUGGCCUGUUGAGCUUUUUCUGUGCUGCCUUGCAUGUCGUAUACAGCCUGUGUCUCCCUAUGCGCAGGUCAGCCCGCUACCAGCUGCUGAAUGAAGCAUUAGUUUGGGCCAGAGGUGACAAGAAGAAUACUUGGGUAGAAGACGAAGUAUGGCGGAUGGAAAUUUACCUCUUCUUUGGAAUUUUGGCUAUUGGUGUGCUUUCAUUGCUUGCUGUGACAUCAUUGCCUUCAGUGGCAAAUUCUCUGAACUGGCGGGAGUUCAAUUUCAUUCAAUCCCGACUUGGAUUUGUUGCUCUGGUGAUCAGCACACUGCACGUUCUAACUUAUGGAUGGCGUAAAGCAUUUGACUCUAGCCAGUACAAGUUCUACCUGCCACCUACAUUUGCAAUUACUCUCAUUGUGCCUUGUAUCGUCCUUCUGGCCAAAGUGUACCUUCUCCUUCCUUGUGUGAAUCGUAGGCUGAUCCAGAUCAGGCGAGGCUGGGAAGCCAAUCACCAUGUGAGGUUCCAUGAGCUUAGUGAAGCAAGUCGUUUAUCAGAUUACACUGCGGAGAACACCAGCAUCGUUUGAUUUCCACCUUCAAAAGUACCUCGUCAUGUUCUAUAGUUUUUUUAAAUAUAUACAGUACGUAAAAAAGAAAGCUGAGUUACUGUUCAAGAUUAGUUAUUCCUUUACAUACAACUGAUUUUUGCAUAUGCUUUGUACAGAUGCUAAUUUUCUGCAGUUAGGAGAAGAACAUUUUAAUAGGGCAAAUUUAGGAUAUAAUAGUUAUGGACUUUAAAAAAACACUAAUGCUUCUGUAAACAACAGGAAUUCUGCAGAUGCUGGAAAUUCAAGCAACACACAUCAAAGUUGCUGGUGAACGCAGCAAGCCUACUUUCAUAUCUCUUACUAACUCUUCCUUCUGUUAGUCCAGACGAAGGGUCUCGGCCUGAAACGUCGACUGUACCUCUUCCUAGAGAUGCUGCCUGGCCUGCUGCGUUCACCAGCAACUUUGAUGUGUGUUACUAAUGCUUCUGUGUUUAGAGUGACACGUUAUGGUCAUAGAACACUCUUAAGCAUAACAUUAAUUGCAUUGGUGUAUCCUUAUCUAAUUAUGGAGCAAGGUUACUUGGGAGAAAGAGCUGGAAUGUCUAUUGACUUAAGCAAAAAUAAUCCUGAAUGUUGAGAAAUUCGUAAGGUUAUCCUACAGGUAGAGAAGAAAUAAUUCCACAUCCCAGCCACUCCAUCUGCAUUCUUCCCAACUAUGUUCCCAAAAGUUCACACAGACUUGAAGUGGCAAUUAGUUGCUGGAGCCAUUUACUAUGAUCUGGCUGGACCGUAAAAUAUUACCUGAGCAUAUAUACAAGAGCAUUUGAAUAUGCAUUGUAUAACCUUGCAACAAACUAAUUCAUAAUUUUCUAAUUUUCUGGAGUUAAAACUGCCCAUAACUUCUCAGCAUACUUGCAAUAUAGAGUAUAUUUUAAUUAAAAAAUGCCAGAAGUGCUAGAUGCAUUCUAAUUAACAUGAGGUAUGAGUUUAGAACUUGAUUUUUCCUAACCUGCUAUUCCCUAGAGUGUUAUUCCUGUGCAGCAAAAUAAAAUCAAGUACUGUUCCAGUUACUCAAUAGGAUUGAUUGCAAAUAAACAUGACAGAAAAUAAAUGGAUUAUGUUUCAAAAUUUAUACUUCAUGCUGAAAUAAACAUCCAGACCUACAACUUAA